GGGAGCACGGGGGAAUCAGAGCCACAGGGUAAUGAGAGCUACUCUAGUUUACAUGCUUCUUGACAAUUUAGACCCUGUUUUGUUUUAACGUAAUACAAAAGGACGCGGGAGGGGCAUAUGCCUCGUUGCGUCGCCGUUUAGUUGACUUUUAUUACACAAAUAGAUCGCACGUCAGUUUUUUUAGCUAUUCAUCUAAUUUUUGACAACAUUCAAGGACAAAUUAUGCCUCGAAAACGAGAUAGGAUUACGGAAAAAUGUCAGUGGACUCUGGAUGUACUACACCGUGCUAUCAAGAGAGUCAAUGAAGAUGGAAUAUCUCUGCAUAAGGCCGCCCAAGAGUUUAAUAUUCCAUAUAGUACUUUGCAAAAAAGGUAUCGCAGAGCAGUACAAACCAAUCCUCGUCUCGGAAGGAAACCAAUAUUUUCUCCAGCUCAAGAACAAAUUUUGGCUGAUCAUCUCAUUCACAUGUCGAAUCUUUUUUACGGCUUAGACUCCAUGAAAUUUAGAAAAUUAGCAUACGAGUGUGCUGAACAGUUGAAGUUAUCUCAUAAUUUUAAUAAGGAACUUAAAUGUGCGGGACCAGACUGGCUUGAAGGAUUUUUGAAAAGAAAUACUAAUAUCAGUGUUCGCAAACCUGAGUCAACUAGUAUUAACAGAAUUGAGGGAUUUAACAGAGAAGAAGUAGAAUUAUUUUACAAAAAUCUUGAGGAACUAAUGAUAAAAAAUAAUUAUGCAGCGCACCAAAUAUUUAAUGUAGAUGAGACGGGAGUAUCUACAGUGCAGGAACCAGGAACAAUUUUAGCAAAAACAGGUCAAAAACGAGUUGGUACUGUCACUUCUUGGGAGAGAGGAAAGACAGUCACUGUUGUUUGUGCAAUGAGUGCUUCUGGCGUUUAUGUGCCUCCAAUGUUUAUAUAUCCGAGACAACGUCAUUCUCCUCUUUUAGAGAAAGAUGGUCCUCCGGGUGCAAUUUACGAUUGUUCAAAAAAUGGAUGGACAAAUGAAAAUCUAUUUGUUAAAUGGUUGCAACAUUUCAAAAUGUUUGUAAAACCGAGUGAGGAGAACAAAAUAUUGCUUAUUCUAGAUAAUCAUAACAGCCACUCCACUUUAGAAGCAUAUGAAUUUUGA